GAGGGAGAAGAACAGCGGGCGCGAGUGUGAAACAGAACCGCAGUGGAUCACAUGCAGAAGACCAGCCCACGUUUAUAUUAUACGGAUACAAAAAACACUAGUAUAAGAUAGAAUAAAAUACCAAUACUUUAUUCUAGUAAAUCUCAAUUCUGUAGCACGUCUCAAACUUUCACAUGCCUGCGGGUUUAUUUCAAUACAAAAUGAGAAGGAUUAUGCUGAUUUUCGCACUAGAUUAAGUUCUCAACCACCACCAAGUUCACACGGACAAAACGCAAAGCUUGAUUUGGCUAAAUAAAAGUUCACACAAGCGUUUUGGGAAUGGAUCCGAACCCUGACACCAGCGUUCCGACUGCUGCCCCUGCAGAACAGCAACAACCAGAGCAAGAGACCAGCAGUCAGCAGCCGGGCACUGAUACAGAGAUCACCGCCAACACCACUCAGCCAAUCAAGAGUGAGCAACAGGAUCUGCCCCCCACCACAACACCUACCCCUGCUGUGGUAGACUCCGCCCACAUUCAGGAUGCCCCGCCCAAAGACCACCUGACAGUCAUUGAUGAGAACAUGGAAACAAGUAAUGGUGUUUGCUCGGCUCCAAUGGACAGUUCUCCGAGCGCUUCUUCUCCUCCUCGCCAGCCUCACCCCAAACCCAAUCACGCGCACGCUAAUGGCCGUGCCAGGCUGAGCAGCCGCUCUGGGUCAGUGAGUCAUGCUGGGUCACCUCGACCCUCGCUCAGCCGUCAGCCCAGCGCAGCCACCGAUGCUGGAGGAGACGGAUCCAAACCCAACGACUUUCUGGUAUGGGCGAUUCUGGCCUGCCUCUGCCCUGUCUGGCCCAUCAACAUCGUAGGCUUGACCUUCUCAGUGAUGUCUCGUAACAGCCUUCAGCAGGGUAAUGUGGAUGGCGCACGUCGUCUUGGCAAGAAUGCAAAGAUCCUGUCAAUCGUGUCACUGGUGGGUGGGAUUGUCAUCAUCAUUGUUACUAUCGUCAUCAACUGGGGAGUAAUACUGAAGACCUGAUGGCCAUUAGAGUUCUUCAACUUCAACAGACCCCAAUGACCAUCAUUUCUUCAUCAGUGUGUCAUUCUUCUCUACAUCUGAAUGCUCUUGAAUGCUUUUCCAGUUUGUUUUAUACUCGGUCUGAGAAGCUGGAUGCUAUCUUUACCUUCUAUCAUCUCAGAACUAUCAAAAACAAAACAACAACAACAUGGAUUCUUCAGCUUUUCGAAAGCCCUGGAUCACGACCAAAGGCAUGCAUGUUUGUUUUUUCCUCCAUUUUUUUUUUCAAUCUUCAACAAAGGAGAUGAUGUCAGCGAGGAGACCACCAACAUGAUCUCAUUUCAUUCGUCACAGGCCCCAUGAGGAUGUGAAGGAGGAGAAGAAGCAGAAUGAAAACCAAUGAUCAGUUUAUGAGACAUAUUUUCAUGCACAGCAUCUCUCAGAAGCAAGAAUCCAUCCAGAAAAGAUGGGAUCGAUUACAUAAAACAGCAGAUGGCUUCUGCAUUGGCAUCAACCCACAGAUUUACUAUUAAAGCUGCUCUCGGUUUUCAUAUUUUCUCCAAAACUGAGAUUUUUUCUUGGCUUAAACGUUUCUUAUCGGACACAGUGAUUGUAUCAAGGUGUGAAAGAACUGCAUCAGAUCUUCGUUUUUUUUUUUCCGACAGAUAUUACAAUGCAGGUUAACACAUAUAGAUGAAAAAAAACGAUGUAUCAGAGACCGAAGGAGGCAGAGGUGAAGAGAAGGCGAGGCUGCGGUCUUUUGUUUCAUACGAUGGAGGGAUGAAGAGAGAGAGAGAGAGAGAGAGAGAGAGAGGGAUACAGGAGGAAAGGAGGGGCUUCAGAUGAAAAGAUACCCCAGAGAUGAGGAGAUGGAGGGAAUGCAGUAGAGGGAUCUGGGCGGCUUCUGAUUGGCUAGCUCUCUGUGUGUGUGUGCGUGUUAAGUGUGUGUGUGAAGAAUCCAAUACCGUGAUUCUCUCCAACAUGCCCUCCCUUCUUCCUUAAAGCAGUGCUCAGCCAGAUCCUUCAAGGUGAAAAAAAAGAAGAAGAAAUCAUUCAUUUGUGUUUAUACUGUAAUGUUUACUAUAGAAUCAGACUCUUGAACAUUAUAGGAUGUUUUACAUGAGCUACAAGCUGUUUGUUCGCAUUUGUUUUAGAUUAACAGAAUGAUACCUGGAUUAUUCCUGGUCAGGCUACACACCACACACACACCAACUGUGCCAAACGUCAGAUUUUUGCCAAGACUCCAGCUGAGGCCGGUGUGUUUGUGACUGAAAGAGGAAACAAGUGCAUCAAUGCAUAUUAAGAAGGCAUUUGUGUAGGGAUGCACUGAUUUGAACAAAUCUAACCCCAUACUGGUAAUUGCUGAUAACAUUAGUUUACACUGAUGAAAAAUAUUUGUAAAAGAUCAAGGUCAUUUUAACUAAAUCAGUGUUUCUCAACCAUGUUCCUGGAGAACCACCAGCACUGCAAAUUUACCAGGCCUCCUUCCAGGCACCCACCUGAUUCAGAUCAUCAGCUCAUUAGCAGAAACUGAUGCUGCAUCUCAAUUCGCAUACUUAUACUAUGCCCUAAAAGUAUGUACUAUUUUUGUGAAGGAAAAGUAUAUACUUUUGAGUGUGUAACAGAGGAGUAUGCAAGCUUUGAGACAUACUAAUUCCUUGUCAACAGGUCGUUAUGUUGCUAGUUACAUCUCAACACAUCAUCCACAUUUCCUUCAUAUUUAAUUACCUACAUUAUUGGAGAAGCAGCAGCAGGACAUGCUGCCAUUCGCAGGUCUUUCAUGCUGAGAAAUCUCCUCAGGUCUUCCUUGGAUAAUUAUUCAGAAUUAAUUCAGAAGUUAAUGUCCAAACAUAUCUUGAUAUGAGUUCAUAUUGUUGUUGCAGAUGAAAUAUAACACGGAAAAUGCUAUUUAAAUAUGGUCCAGUUGGCUAUAUAUUAAUAAAUAGUCAUUCAAAUAUCUUUACCGAAGCCUUUCUACUUAAUGGUAGGUCUCGUGCGUCUGCUAUGUUUGUAGUUUAUUCACAUUUUUUACCCGACUUUGUAGUUCUAAUCCAAUUCAAAUCCAAUGCGCAAUGUAUUGUGGGCAAAAAGCUUAGAAUUACCCAGAGGCGACACUUAAUAGAAUGUUCCAUUGCAACAGCAGCGCCCAGCAACAGCCCUGGAUUCCGCCAUUUUGGAGUGAAAGCGAUCGGCUGUCCAUUGGAUCUUAUUGUUGUCGCGAUGGCAAGCAGCUGUUUUGUUUUGUAUUUAUUUAUUUUAAAAGUGCAUUAAAGCUGAAAUACAACUUGCAAGACGACAAUACAACACUUACUAUCACAAUCAUCAGCACUUUUAAUAGUUUAUUUUACAGACUUAUAAUAUGCUGUUGCUCUGUUGGAAUUUUCAUUCCAAAAUGGCCGCCGUGCCAUCUAGUGGCCAUUUCCCGUAAACCAUCCGGGAAUCUUUGGCUUACUCUUUUCAACAUAGUGGUUUGGGACAUACUAAUUCUUUUUUCAAAUGCUAUUUAGGAUGGAUAGUACGCGAAUUGGGACGCAGCAUGAAAGACCUGUAAUGGGUGUGACAUACAAAGAAGGUAUCCAAAACAUGCAGUGCCGGUGGUCUUCCAGGAACAUGGUUGAGAAACACUGACUUAAAUUAAUGAUAUAAUUAAAAACUAAAAGUACAUUGAGGCUUGAAAAUAAAUGAGAAAUUCUAAAAUUGUCAACAUUUUGCAUUUCUAAAGGGUUAUUUAAUAUUUUUUAAAGAUUAAGUGAGAUUAUUUUGAUGAUGUCAAAUAGUUUUAAGUGAUCUAAAAUGAAUUAAAUAAGCAGACUAGACAAAAAUAAAGACUUUCAAUAUCAUUUCAAAUAGGUUGACUGAUAAAUAAAUAAAAAAUGUUGAACUAACUAAUAGAUUAGAGAUAACUAUUAGACUCCAAUAUCAGCUAAAAAGUAUAUACAAAAUUAAAGAAAUUAGGAUUCAUAAUUAAUCGAUCAUACAUUUGAAAACAAAAUUAUUAGCCCUUAUGUGAAAUUUUAAUUCAUUUUUAACUAGGGCUGGGCCGAUAAACGAAAUUAUAUCAAUUGGCGAUAAAAUUUAUGUCAAUAACAAUGAUAAGCUCUGGAUUUUUUACUCUAUAUUGAUCUAAGAGCUAGAAAUGUGCAACAAAGGGAAUCUAAAUGUGUGUGGAUAUUUGAGAUGUACCGAAUUUUUGGCCACCGAAAAUUUAUCGGCCGAAA